GGUGUCAGUUUCUCACACCAGAGUUGUCGCCUGCACACUAGCAACCAUAAGGCUCAUUACACUCAUUUAACUUUGUCACAUACUGUGUGUCAAAAUGAAUGUGAGGGGCAUUGGGAUGUAGGUUCUGUGUUACCUGGCACUGAUGGCUGUUAUGUACUUUGAUCUGGGUGAACAUUAGCAAAAGUGCCUCAUCAAGGAGAUUCAAGGUAACAUGAUGAUCACAGGUCAGUUUUAUGGGCAGGUGGAGAGGAGGACAUUGUUCUGCAUGGUUGACAGGUCCUUUUCGUCUGGAGUAUUGGGAAAAAUAACCCUAACUCCCCUCCUCUUGGCCUCACUAUCACUGUGAUCCAGACCACCAUGUCAUUUUUCUUCUAGAUAUUAAUUAAAAAAACAUGACAGAUUUGGAAAAUUCUAAGUCACAUCCCACGCAUCUGGCCCACAUUGUUGUGCAUGCAGUCCAACUCGAAUCUAAGGUUUUCCAUUUUCGCCGGUGACAGGCUUGUGUGUUCCUCCAUGCACUGAGUCUGCUGGACUGUGUUACUCCACAACCAUAUUUGAAUAUUGUUCUGAUAUUUCCAAUGCAGAGGAUUCAUUUUGAUGUUGACCCCAGUGCUGAGGCACAAAGACAAGGCCCAGACUAUGGAGUACAACCUGAAACCCCUAAGAGACCAGAUGCAAAACAUCACCACAAGGAAAUAAUCAAACACACUUUGUUAUGAAAAGGGUCAUUUUCCAAAAUUCUAGUUUCAGAAAAAAGCAGACUAUUAUUUUGAUCAGAACUAGGCCUAUAGUACAAUACAUGAAAACAACAAAUAUUGUGUUGCGCUACUAGGCCUGUCCUAUUAACGGUCUAGAAUGAACUAUUUACCAGCCCUUUUAUUCAUAUUCACAGGAACUAGAUGAGACUUUUUGCCAGCCAGAUCAGUGAAGAAACCAAUGGGAAAGUUUUGUGGUGGGCUGUUGUGUAGACUUCCAUUCAACUAUCAGUUGGAUUUUGGCAAAUCAAAAGACUGAAAGACUUCCUGAUUGCAAAGAAGUUGAUUUGAUAAAAACUUUAGAGCAGGAAUUAUGUCUGGCAGUACAAUGCAGUGGCCACUAGAGUCAAAUGCUAUUCCAAACUAGACUUGAAGAUCAGUGCUGAGGAGGCAUCUAUUUUACUGUACAUCCUUCUAGAGACAAUGUAUGAAUUAAUCAAAUGUGUUUGUUUAAUUUUACACAACUAUCCCAAUUUGUUUUCUCCAAUGAACACACCAAAAUGUAAAUAAUGACGUAGCCAGCCAAUCAGAAAGCGAUCUGACAUGCAAACAAACCGAAAAUCAGAAGGUAGCCAGGCUAGUUGAUUGCUACAGUUGCUAAAGCCAGACACGGAAGGGUUUGUGACAGUUUACUAACUAGUUCCAUAGAGAACAAAGGGCCAUCGUGUAAGUCAGAUGUGGACCUUUCUUCAGUAAAAUAUAAUUUACGUUUUAGUAGACACCUGUUCGGGGGCAGCUAAGUAAGAAAAGUUACUGUAGCUAGCGUUGACACGCAAGCUAACGUUAGCUAGCUAGUUCGUCUUUAUAGUCCAAAUUGGUAGCCAUUCAUCUAUUUUGGCUGAUCUCUGCGACUUAAAAGCAAGAAGAUAGACUGUCUGAAUUUAUAACUAUGUCUUAGUAAUAAAAAAAACAACAUAAAACUAUCUAACAUUGGCUAACGUUAAUCUCUUAGCUAUAGAAAAUGUCUUACUGGAUCUGCUGUAACUCCUGCUUCAACCUCCCUGGUCCUGACCGCAAACUAGCUGUUACUACCUGUGGUCAUGUCAUCUGCAACGUGUGUUUUCAGAAAGCCAAUCAAGGGGACUGCAUGAUAUGUAACGCAAAAUGUCAAGUUACUCCUCUCUCAGACAAAAGUAGUGCAGAAGUAAAGGCCCUCUUCUCUGACAUAAAUUCUGUAGCAACCAAACACUUAACAGAGAUAAGCAAGGUGUUACUAUUCCAGGCAAGGCACCAAAAGAGGUUGUUGGCACAUUCCCAGCAGAGGAAUGAAAAGUUAGAAGAAGUUUUACUCAAGAUGAAGCAAGAAAUGCAGCAAAUGUCCAAGAAAAUGACAGAGCAGGAUGCCUAUAUUGCCAAGCUGGAGAGCACUCGUCAGCAGCAAAGUGCAAAAGCAGCUUCUACUUCACAGCUGAACCGUAGUUCUCACAAUGCUCGUUCACAUCAAAUAAAAUCAGAUCAAAUGCAGAUACCAUUCAACUCACCCAUGUCCCUCUCUCGCUACUCGUCUACUACAAGUCUGGCAGAAAACAUGGAGGUGGAUAACAGAGGUCUGUUUAGGAAACCGGAGCUCUCUGGAAGUGUCCAGAGGUUGUCCUUGAUCAGCCCUCCACAGGACGGCCGGAUGGGUACCGUCCCCCAUCGAUCGACCAAUCAGAACACCCUAGUCAACCACUCAGCUCGCUCGGCCACUGUCAGCCGCCUGGCGGAGUUGCAGAUGACCCCUAACCUGCCGUAUCGUAGGAACACGGGGUGGGAGACGCCCGUGUUCAAGCCCCCGUCAGCCUACAGACACUCCUCCAUGUCUUCUCUGGUCAUGUCCUCUCUGGGGGUCACCUGCCCUCCCCCGUAACACUGCCAAGAGCCAGCCAUCACAAUGGCACAAGGAGACGUCUCUGAUCCACUUCUAUGCCCUCCACGAGUGACUUAGCUAGAGUAUCAAAUCACCUGGCAAUGGUUGAACUCUCCACCAUGGAGAGAUUAGCUGUGGAAUAGGAAGUGUUGUUCAGAAAUUGAGCCCCCUUCACGCAGGGUUAAGAAGAGUUUGGAAGCUGUGGUCUGUUGGUUGUGUGUGCAGUGUAGCGUGUAUAUUGUCAUUGUAAUGGAUUACAUACAGUAUUACUUGUCACAGUAACAAAUAAAAUUUAACAAACCAAUCAAA